AUGCCUCGCGCCCCUCGCCUUGCUGCGUCCACCGACCAUUCUCCCUCUCCCUCCGCUUCCACCGCUGCGCCGGCGAGUGGUAACUCCUCUCUCCUCCUUCUCCCCGCGUCUCGUACGCUUGGCGCCUCGCCGGGGAUGGUGACCGUCCCUCCCCUCCCCUCCCUUGCCGCCGAUGGCCGACAGGUGAGAAUCUCGCUUCGUCCAGCCUUUCCUCGUGCACGCGGCGUCGGUCGGGCGAACGUGCCUCCUCACUCUGCCUCUUGUCCCACCGUCUCGGUUGGCGCGGAGAGCGUGACUCUCCCCUCUGUCUACCCUCCUGCUGCCCAUGCGGCUCCGGGGAGCGAGGUUCCCCAAGCCGCCUUCCUCCGCGUGUCUGCUGACGAUCAGCCCAGCGCCAUUCCUCAUCCUGCCUCUCUCCGCGCUGCUCCGUUCGCUGUUGCAGCCCUUCCGUCGUGGUGUGCGCUCGACUCCUCCUCCUCCACGUGA